AUGAGUACCGCCAUUGCCAUGGCCCCUUCUCCGGCUCCUCACGACCGACCCUCGUACGGCGCCGAUUUAAACCAUAAUACCACCCCGUCGACCUCAUCGGUUACUUCGCCAUCAACACAGAGGACAGCAGCUGCGCCCCCGCCGCCCCCGCCGCCGCCAUCGGCAUCAGCAUCUGGCAAUGGCAGUCCCAAAGGAGCCGCGAAUGCGACAGCAAAAUCGUCGCCCCCCAGCGCUUCUCGGAAUGCUGGAGGACCGCCCAGAAUCAUUGUUAAGAAAGAACCCGGCUCUCCCGAGCCUCCCACUGCCCGGCACAGACCUAGGAGGUUGGAUCUCUCCAAGAACACGAACACCAGCUCCAACAGCCCCGCAACGGCGCGGCCGUUGACGGCGAGGGAAGGGCUAGGCAUUCAAGAGGUCGGCCUGGCGUGUCUGUCCCCAGGGUUCGUCACCCAGGAUCCGGUUAUGAAAGAACAACUCCAGCGCAGUUUGAGUGUUCGCGAACACCAGAGACAAAUCAUCGAGGCAAGAUUACAGCAGCAAUCUGCCAAGGGGGAAGGCAUGGACGGUUCCAAGGACAAAGACAACGGAGGGCAGUUUUCGGCCAAGACUCCGGGAAUGUCUCGCCGUAACAAGGCUCCUCCUGGUCUGAGCAUUGUCGCCCCGUCACACGAGCAGUUUGCCCACGAGAGAGUGAUACAAUCAGCGCCCCUGGGCCAGACCUUCACGGGACGACACAACCCACAUCCCCUUACCCGCCACAUCACGAACCAGCCAACAAAUCUGUCGAGCACCUCACACAUCCACCACGUCCCUGCUAACCAGACCAACAACCGCCUACCUCCUAUUGCCGAUGUUUUCGGUCAGGGACUCUCCGGGCACCCAGAUUCCAGUGGCCAUGCCAUCUUUGCCAGCCAGAGUCGAGGACCCCUCGCCUCUCCAAGCCAUCCUCCUCCCCCCCAGGCCCCAACACCCAGCAGGCCAAGGGAAUACAAAUCCGCCGAGGAAGCCCAGGCGGAAUUGGCUGGCGGGCGACCGGAGCUUCUGCCCAAGUUAGUACACUACGGAGGACCUCAGCCCCCCUCUCCGCCGUCUCCCGCGCCUGGCGCCCACAGACCACACGCUGACGCCAGCCGAACCACCAGCAGGCGAAGGACGCGCGCAGACUAUGAGGAGGGCGGAAGCCCGCCGCUAGGGAACGGCCGGCCAUCUCAACGGAGAGAGCCAUUCACCGGGGGGAGCGAUCUGCCAGAGACUCAACGGGCAAAGCGAGAAGAGUUCCUCAAGCUCUGCGAGCGGGCAUGGGAUCUUCUCCACUCCUGA